AUGGCUUUAUUAUAUGAGGACGAAUUUGUCGCUGUGAAUGAAUGCUCCGUUCAGAUCAAAAACUACCAUUUUCCUUCGAAAAAGAUCAAGUCAAUACCUAUUGAAGUGAUCAGGGUUCUCUGGUUCGAGGAGCAAGAAACCUGCAAAUGUUCCACGAAAAUCUGGGGCAAAUCACCAGAAGCAGUCUACUGGGCACUCGACGUGAAGAGAUGUAUUCCGAGUGUGGCACGCGACAAGUUCAACGUGGUCCUUGAUGUGGGUCAGAAAGUCCGACCUGGUUUCACGGUGACCGAUGGCGGAGAGUUCAUGGAAGCGAUGCGAGCCGUGCUUGACUACCACGUUAUCAUUGUGAACACCAUCAAUCUGUAG